AUGCCGGAGAAACCCUUGACGAUAGCUACUUAUGCCGCUGGAGCCUCCUUGGCUGCGAUCACGCUGGUGUACGUCUUUGGGCCGACGUUCUUUCUGGACGACGAUGCAGCAAACAGCUCCAAAUCGAGCAGGAAGAAGGGCGUGGUGGGGUUGGUCAAUCCGGCGAACGACUGUUUCAUAAACAGUGUGCUGCAGGCAUUGGCGGGAUUGCCUGAGCUCAGAACAUAUCUGAUACGGGAGAUCCAUCGAAGAAAGCUGGAUGGGCCAGAGCUGUACAAUUCGUUGGAGGCGGUAGAAGCAGAGGAGAGGAAGAAUGCCAAUGGCACGAAAAUACCGGAGUGGAAGACUCUGGGUUUGCAGCAGGGAUUGGUGACGGCCGGUCUGAAAGAGGUGUUAGAUGCUUUGAAUGAGAGGCCGAUCUAUAAGAAGACAAUCUCGGCACAGAGUUUCAUUCGAUGCGUGGAGCAGGCUUUCCGGACGAGGAUAUCCAGGACACAGCAGGAUGCGCAGGAGUUCUUGCAGGUGGUGAUUGAGAGGCUGUCAGAGGAGUAUGCGGCGGGAAGGAAAGUGCGAGACUAUGCUAAAAAGCAUGGGAACGGAAGGGUGAUUCCCAGGGGUAUCGACUCUUUGGAAGCUCAAUCAGGCGAACGACGGCCACGGGACAGCAAGAUGUUGUCAGUCGACGUGGAGGACGAGCCAGCUAAUGAGCAACCAUCCGAGGAGAACGACGCAUCUGAAAAUGACGAGAUCAUCUUUCCGCUCGAAGGCAAAAUGGAGUCGCAAGUCGAAUGCUCACAUUGCCACUUCAAGCCCAAACCUACGGUGUCAUCAUUCUUGUCACUCACACUGAACGUACCGCACGACUCUACAUCUAGCACUUUGAACCAGUGCUUCGACGGCAUGUUCAAGAUCGAGUACAUCGACGACUUCAAGUGUGAUAAGUGCCGAUUAGAACAUGCGCUACAGGUCAAUGCGAAGCAGCUUGCUCGGGCGUCAGAAAAGGAUCGCUCUGAGAUUGAGUCCGACAGAGCCAAGAUCGAGGCGGCUCUGCAGCAAGAUCCAGAGCAGCCGCCUAAAGGUGUCAAGCUCCCAGACCUAUCGACUGUUCCCAAGAGAAGGAUUUCACGUCAUACGCGAAUAUCGUCCUUCCCACAGGUCUUGGCUGUGCACCUCAGUCGUUCGGUCUGGGACCCCUCAGCUGCAUCGUCCAAGAACAUGGCCAAGGUCUCUUUUCCUGAGACACUACCCUUGGGAGGUCUUCUCGAUAGGAAAACGUAUCGUCUCCUGGGCGUCGUCACGCACAAGGGUGGGCACAACAGUGGGCACUACGAAUCUUUCCGACGACAAGUGCUCAAUCCACCAUUCUCGACACCCGCAAGUAUGGGAACGGAGGGCGUGUACAGCCUACGCAAUAGCCCUGCCCCAAGUCCAAGAGUGAGCGCCGUACCCAGUCCCCAACUUCGUGCGAGGUCUUCCAAAGACGCUGCAGGCUCUGGAUCCGACAGUCCAAGCCUAUCGACCGACUCCCAGUUCCUCAGCACGCCUACUAGCGCCACGCCGACCAGCUCUUCCGCUUCCUCGACACUGCAAGCCCUGGCGCCAGCUGCUGUAGAGCGACGGAAGCAAGCUCCACCAAUUGAAUCCGUGCCAACACCAGGCUUGCCCAAUCCGCCGCAGCAAGCUCCUGCGUCAGAACCAUCGAAGACGAUGACCACCACCGUCUCAUCGACACCUAUAGUGGAAGAGCCUCCUCCGCCAAAGACUAGAAUGCCCUCGAUUCGCGGUAGGAAGAAGAACAGCAAUGAUAGGUGGUGGAGAAUCUCGGAUGACAAGAUCAAGGAGAGCAAAACGAGUGAGGUGCUGGGAAUGCAGAGGGAGGUUUAUAUGCUGUUUUACGAGGUGGUCGGAAGUUGA